AUGAUGAUGCAGGCUGUCGUUCAUGAUUUACACCCCAAACACGUAACAAUUUUUCAGAGAGCCCUUUAUUGCAUCCUGGACUCCCUAUUCGCAGGCUACGCUUGCGCGCAGAUUGUCGACUGUCUCCCCACACGUAAAGACUUCGAAGAGAGUAUGGCUUCGAAAUUGAACAGCAUCGACGCGGACGUGGUUCAAGAGUAUCAGAAUGCUGCCAUCAGCACUUUGGAUUUCCAGCUGCGACUCUUCGAAAUGGUGGGAGUCAUGUUGCAUGAUAUCGCUGCACAUCUCUUCAACAAUACACACGUACAAAGAUCCUCAUCGAGAUUGAACCUCAAUAUAAAGCCAGAUUCUCGGAGGGUCGUUGGCUUUCGACCGUGGAGAGUCAGAGAUGUCGGGAUGUCUAUCUACACCCGAAGAUUUCGCGUAUUCCAGCUAUCCAAGUCCCAGAUACAGCAAUUUCUGGAUUUAUGCGUGGGCGAGGAGCCCUUCGCAUGUCCCCUGCCCUUCAAGGCCGAAAGUGAGGCCAGGAGAGCCUUUGCAGAUUUCGCAAGGGACGAGCACAUUUUCCGCAAGAAACGGGACUGCAUGCCACCACUGCGAAUCCUUGGGUGA